UAAAAAGCCAGAGAGCUGCUUCAUCAUUCAGCAGGCUCCAAGCUGGAAGAUCUCUUCUCUUCUCUUCCUCAAAGGUUCAGCGACAAAGCCUGAGCGUCGCGCCACCAUGCGGCAGAAGAUGGUAUCGCUCUUCCUGUGCUACCUGCUGCUCUACACCUGCUGCGGGGUGGAGGCAGGCAAAAGAAAGAAAGGAGAAAGUUCAGAGUCCGGCGGCUCGGGGUUCUGGAGCGCUCUGACCUACGCUGCGAUCGGAGGAGGGCUCAUGGUCGCCGGGCUGCCAGCGCUGGGCUUCACCGGCGCCGGCAUAGCCGCCAAGUCGGUGGCCGCGUCGAUGAUGAGCUGUUCGGCGGUGCUGAAUGGGGGCGGCGUGCCCGCUGGGGGGCUGGUGGCCACGCUGCAGAGCGUCGGAGCUGGUGGCAGCAGUACCCUCAUGGGCAAGAUUGGUGCCAUUCUGGGCUACACCGUCCAUAAGUACCUGGAAAACGAUGACGAGGCAGAUGAGUAGCCAGCAGCUCUCGGGAACCCCUUCCCUGCCCUCCCUCUUCCAGUAAGAGUCCAGAGCUCUCUCUGUCACUCUCCUCAAUGUCCUAGAUGAGAAAACUCAAUAAACUUCUCUCCGAAAA